UUAAUAUCGUCUACCGGUAAAAACUUUAAACACAAAUUUAUAAUUUGGUACAUUUAUAUUAUUUCUUUAAAAAAAUUUCAAUUUAUAGAAAUAAUACAAAAUUAAUAAGUGCUAUUAAUUACACGAGAGUGUCCGUAUUUCAAAUCCUUCUUCUUCCAUUCUUCUUAAUGAUUAUUCAAAUAUAAUAAAAUAAAAUCAGAAUGAGACCAAAAAACAGAGGUUAUUGGCCUGAGCCCAUAGAGGUAGACCAAAGGAAGAAACAGGAAAGCUUAGCAGCUCGAGGUAAAAAUAAUACAAAUCCUGAACAAAAUCUGCUUCGAAGACAAGAUCAAAAAUCGACGGUUACUGAUUUGGUAUACAAGUACUUAAGAAAAGUUGCAUACACAGAUUGCGUUCGAAAACAGCGUAACAAUGCAUGCAGUAAAUUUCGUAAAGGAAAUGCGAGGAGGAAAACCAUUCAUCCACCUCGCAGAUAUACAAGCGCAGAAAACAGCGAGGUAAAGUCGUAUCUACGAAAGGCACUGUCAUUCGCGAUAGAUUCUGGUUAUUUAAUUCCAACCGAUCGAACCGGAAAAUUUUUGCGCAUUUCUCCAAAUAUGUUGAAUCACGAAGAGUAAAAGUACAAUUAAAGGAAAAACAGUAUAAAACCAGAAAAAUAUCGUACAGUAAUUUUAGUAAGAGAUACGUGUAAAAUAACGAUGUAUAAUAAAAUUACAUAUAUUUUUAUACAAA